AUGAGUACAAACACUGACACCGGCCCUCAAUGGGGAAGAGUACUAAUUUGUGGGGGAACGGACUGGACGCGGUUGGGGCGCAGAGACAGAUCUGGAGUACCUGUAAAGUCUGAGGAAGAAGGGGACCCACACCCUGAUCUCCUAGAACCUCAUAUUCUGCGUUCUCUGUCCAAUGUCAAAGUCGUUUCAGUCCACACAGGAUGCGCUGCUUGUCAUUUCGUAGUCCUCGACAUCGAUGGAAACGCGUGGAUUUUUGGUCGAAACGGGUCAUGUUGUCUCGGCGUGAACAAGGAUGACGCAGGGGAAGCCAUAGACGCGAUUUCAGAGAAUGCGCCUAUGAGAAUAAACCCCGUUCACCUUGGUUCCCCUAAGGGAAAGUUCGUGGAUGCCGCUUGCGGAAGGAACCACACCCUUUUGGUCGGCAGUGACGGCCAGGUUUGGACAGCUGGCGCAAAUCCUCUAGGACAAUGUGGUCAUUCUCCAUGUCCAGAGGUAACGAGCUUCAAAGCAGUACCAGGCUUCCACCAGGACGGACCGGAGCACGCGAUUAAAGAAAAGGUCAGCUUGCGUUUCCCUCUUCGAGCUAUCCUCAGACCUUCUACUCUAGUCUUUUCCUUCGGAAGUGGUGAAAAAGGUCAAAUUGGAAACGGAUCAACCGGGGAGCGUAUCACUACAGGCAAUAAGGUUGCGUUCGAUAUUAUCGACACACCUUACUACAUCAAAGAAUUAAACGGAAAGAAAGUCGUUCAAAUUGCCUCUGGGCAACAACAUAGCGCUGCGGUUGACGACGAAGGCUAUGUCUACGUUUGGGGAUAUAAUGGUUAUUGUAGACUAGGCUUAGGCAAUCAGGUUGAUAUGCUGAAGCCUAAAGUCGUUCCGCAAUUUUCGGGACCUAACAAAGCCAGUAUGGGGUCGGCUGUCGUCUGCGGACCAUCCAACACUGUUGUGAUUGACCGGCAAGGAAUGUACUGGAUGGCAGGAAAAUGGAAAAAUAGCGGAGAGGGUUCUUCCGGUUCUCCUUAUUCUUCUUUCCGUAUCAUUCAAGAUAUCAUGGCAUGUAAGAUCAGUCAUGCUGCCUGCGGAGGGGUUACUCACUGGGUAAUCACACCGGACGACGAAGGAACGAUGACCGUCGCUUGGGGGCAAAGUGCUUCAAAUGGCGAACUUGGUUUGGGACCAGACGAGCCCAAGAGUUCAACGAAGCCAACGAAACAUAUGCCUUUAGAAGGGAUCGAGGUCCUUCAGAUUGCUGCCGGUCAGAACACUACCGUCUUCUUAGUGAAGCCGACAUCGCCAAAAGAGCGGCCUUCUAUUUCUGUCGCGAACGGAGACUCGAAAGCGGAGGAAGAAAGUGGGGACAGGUAUUCUGAGCGGCCUAGGCAUCCAGAAGAUUUGGAAGACGUUCCAGAUCUAUGUCUUGUUUGCGACAAAGAUAACGGAGAUGAUGAUUCGCCUUUGGAAUGUGACAAGUGCGACAACCCUUUCCACCUCGGCUGCCUCAAUCCUCCAUUGGCCGCCGUCCCACCUGGUGAAUGGUUCUGUCCAAGAUGCGUAAAAGACCAAGGGGCGCCCUUGCCCGGAUAUAAAUCCGUGAAGCCAAGUACGGCGGUAGUUCCGGUUGCGGUUUCACGAGUAGCGACUCCCAUUAACAAACGAAAGGGGAAUGACGUAGAUGAGGACGGGGAUGAAGAGAUGCAGGAUGGGCGGUCGAAGCGAAAAGCCCCUGGGUCGGAGAUGGGUAGAACUGGUAAGUAA